AUGUUAGCUGCAGAGAAAUCAUGGAGAAGGAGAUGCAUUAUAUUAUUAUCUUUUGUAAUAUUAUGUAGUAGUGUUUUUCCAGUUAGAAGUGUUGUUGGUGACAGUGAAUUGAACGACGUUGAUCAUGGAGUUUAUCACCAGCGUUCGCCCCCUCCACUUAUUUAUGGUGCUUCUCCGCCGCCUACGCCAGUCUCCACUCCUCAAUUAUCUCCACCAUCACCAUCCGCUUCCCCAUCUCCGCCAGUUUAUGGGACACCAUUUUCGCCACCUAGAUCGCCUCCUGUCAUUCAUCCUACACCUCCGUCCGUUCAUGUCUCUCCACCGCACCCAGCAUUACCUCCGCCAAGUCCGCCCGUAUAUGCUGCUCCGACAACUCCAUCACCGCCAGUUACGCCUUUUAAUUACCCACCUCCACCAGUUUUUACGUCCCCUCCGACAGUUCCUCCACCAGUGUAUCAGGCUCCGCCAAUUCAGGAAUCACCAUCGCCGGUUGCUAGACCUUCUCCGCCUAUCAUUCAGACUCCCUUGAAACCCCCACCACCAUCACCUGUUGUUUAUAUACCUCAACCAACACCUCCACAAGUCCAACAACCUCCACAAAGGCCUCCACCAGUGUACCAACCUCCAACAUCACCACCACCAGUAUAUCACCCUCCUCUCUCCCCUCCAACAGUUCAGCAACCACCCUUAAGCCCGCCACCAGUCUAUAGGCCUCCAACACCUACAUAUUCACCUCCAACAUUCCCACCACCAGUAUAUCACCCUCCUGUCUCCCCUCCACCAGUUCAGCAGCUACCCUUACCGCCAGUUUAUAGGCCUCCGACACCUACUUAUCCACCUCCAACAUUCCCACCCCCAGUAUAUCACCCUCCUCUCUCGCCUCCACCAGUUCAGCAACCACCCUUGAGACCACCACCAGUCUAUAGGCCUCCAACACCUACUUAUCCACCUCCCCCACCACCAGUCUAUAGGCCUCCCACGCCUACUUAUCCACCUCCAACAUUCCCACCACCAGUAUAUCACCCUCCUCUCACCCCUCUACCAGUUCAGCAACCGCCCUUGAGCCCACCGCCAGUCUAUAGGCCUCCUACACCGACUUAUCCACCUCCAACAUUCCCACCACCAGUAUAUCACCCUCCUCUCUCCCCUCCACCAGUGCAGCAACCACCCUUGAGCCCACCACCAGCCUAUAGGCCUCCAACACCUACAUAUCCACCCCCAAUAUAUUAUCCUCCUAUCUCACCUCCACCAGUGUAUCAACCUCCAACACUUCCACCACCAACAUAUCACCCACCAGUGUUCCCUCCAACUUUUUCCCCGCCUAUUUAUCGUCCCCCACAAUACUCCCCUCCAGCUCAACAACCUCCCUUGAGCCCACUACCAGUCCAGAAACCUCCCACACCCACUUAUCGACGACCAACAUUGCCGCCACCAGUCCACAGACCUCCUACACCCACAUACCAACGACCAACUUCUCCAUUACCAAUCCAGAGACCUCCUACACCAACUUACCAACAUCCAAUCUUACCACCGAUCCACAGACCUCCUCCACCAACUUACCCACGACCAACUUCACCACCACCAUUACAGAGACCUCCUACACCCACUUACCGACAGCCAACUUCACCACCACCGGUCCAGAGACCUCCUUCACCCACUUAUCGACGACCUUCACCACCACCGUUACAGAGACCACCUACACCCACUUAUCGACAGCCAACUUCACCACCACCGGUCCAGAGACCUCCUUCACCCACUUAUCGACCAUCACCAGUUCAAAGACCCCCUACACCAACGUAUUCACCACCACUUCAGAGGCCUCCUACGCCCACUUAUCGAAAACCAACCUCACCACCGCCAGUCCAGAGACCUCCUUCACCCACGUAUCGCCCAUCACCAGUUCAUAGACCUCCUACGCCCACUUACCAUCAACCAACUGCACCACCACUUGUCCAGAGACCGCCUACACCAACUUAUAGACGACCAACUUUACCACCACCAGUCCAAAGACCCCCCACACCAACUUACCAGCGACCAACAUUACCACCACCAGUCAAGAGACCUCCUACACCCACUUAUCAACGACCGACUUUACCAUCACCAGUCAAGAGACCUCCUACACCAACUUACCAAAGACCAGCUUCACCUCCACCAGUCAGGAGACCUCCUACACCCACUUACCAAAGACCAACUUCACCCCCACCAGUCAGGAGACCUCCUACACCCACUUAUCAACGACCAACUGCACCCCCACCAGUCAGGAGACCUCCUACACCCACUUAUCAACGACCAACUGCACCACCACUGGUCCAGAGACCGCCUACACCAACUUAUCGACCAGCACCAGUCCAAAGACCUCCUACACCAACUUACCAGCGACCAACAUUACCGCCACCAGUCAAGAGACCUCCUACACCCACUUACCAGCGACCAACUUCACCCCCACCAGUCAGGAGACCUCCUACACCCACUUAUCAGCGACCAACUUCACCACCACCAGUCAGGAGACCUCCUACACCCACUUACCAAAGACCAGCUUUACCCCCACCAGUCAGGAGACCUCCUACACCCACUUACCAAAGACCAACUUCACCCCCACCAGUCAGGAGACCUCCUACACCCACUUAUCACCGACCAACUUCACCACCACUAGUCCAGAGACCUCCUACACCAUCUUAUCGACCAGCUUCACCUCCACCAGUGCAGUUACCUCCUACACCUGCAUACCGGUCAUCAUCUCCACCACCAGCUUACCGCUCCUCUUCCCCGCCGCCAACUUAUGGUCCUCCGACCAAAGUAUUCCAUUAACAAUCUCUGAAGUAGAGACUUCACGGAUCAUCAUCUUCAUUAUAUGAAUCUCUUUUCAGAUAUCGUUGUUUAGUUGUUUCCUUGUUCUAAUGGUUGUGUUUCCCUGGUUUGUGGUCAAACCAACAUAUGAAAUCAAGAAAACAAGAAGGAAUAAGGUUAUAUUGGUAAAAUUGUAUUGUUGAAGUUGUUUGUUAUCUAGAAUAUAAACUCGUUGUUUCUGGAAUAGUAAAGUUUGGAAGUAGUUGUAUUCCUCCUUUUGUGGGCCUAAAGUGAGUUGUUGUACCAUGUCUUACCUCUAUUAGUGUGAGUUUCGACUUGCAUAGCCAGAGUAUAUAACAUGAGAUGGAAGCUCUGGAUUAAGAAACUCGACAUCCGUCGAAGGAACUAUACAUUCUGGGACUCAUUAGAAAACUAUAAGUUGAUACUACAUACUGAUCACAAAUACUCAGUAAUCCUAAAUCUGGUUGCCUAUGGGAUUACCCAAACACCCAAUAACACCAAUUUGAUUUAGGAUAAACCUCAAAACAAUGUCCUUCGAGUAUAAAACUGAAAGCAUUGAAUAAGCAUCAAAAAACUUACCGGACCCUGAAACUUCUAAUACAAGUAGGUUGGGGCUAAAUGUUUUGAUUAGUUUCAUAAAAACUUCGACCUCUUCAGAUUAACUGGAGAUAUUCCUCCAUCUUGCCAAGCUCUACCCAUCUCUCUAUAAGCAAUUCCUUCUGCUCUUGCUUAAUGGAUGUAUACUUGGUAGUAC